AUGGGCUUCGUCAACCGGAUCAUCCAAAGCCUCGAAGUCACUCAUAACCCUAAUCUCACGCUCAUCGAGCAGCUCAUUGCCAAUGACGAUUUGUUGCCUGUCGAGCCAGAGAAACGCACAUGGCGUGCGUACAACUAUGUUGCCUUCUGGGUAGCAGACAUGUUUAAUAUAAACAUGUGGAUGAUCGUAUCCUCCAUGAUCCAGCUAGGGAUGUCGUGGUGGCAAGCCUGGAUAUGCGUGUGGCUGGGCCAGGGCAUCGCCACGCCUUUCCUUGUCCUGAAUGCGCGUCCUGGGGCCAUUUUUCACGUAACGUUCCCAAUCGUGAAUCGCACGAGUUUCGGGAUGUUCGGGAGCUUGUGUAACGCGCGAGCUAAGCAGCACAGCAUAUGGUAUGGCGUCCAGGCAAGCAUCGGUGGUUCCUGUGUGCUCGUAAUGCUCAGAGCAAUGUGGCCUAGCAUAGACGACCUGCCAAAUUCAAUGCCCGCGUCCUCUGGAACGAACACUCGAGAUUACCUGUGCUUCUUCCUCUUCUGGCUCAUUUCCCUACCGGUCAUUUGGCUUCCUGUGCACAAGGUCCGCCACUUCUUCCUUGUGACGCCCAUCCUGAUGCCCAUAGCCUCGAUGACGUUUCUCAUAUGGUGCAUCGUGAAAGCUCACGGAAUUGGCCCGAUCGUGCACCAAUCCUCCACGUUGCACGGAUCAAAGCUGGGUUGGGCCAUGGUGGUCGGUACUAUGUCAUGUGUCAGUAACAAGGUGACGCUUGUCACAAACGCACCAGACUUCGCCUCCCGCGCUCGCACCCCGUCGGCCGCGCUAUACCCGCAAUUGUUUGCGAGUCCUCUAACCGCGUCUUUUGUGUGUUUGAUUGGAAUCCUUGUGAGCUCUUCAUCGCAGGCAAUUUACGGGAGAGCCAUCUGGUCUCCCAUUGAACUUCUGGGAAACUUCUUAUAUGACAAUCCAUCGAAAGCCACGAGAUUUGGGGUAUGGUUCAUUUCGGCGUCAUUUGUGAUUGCACAGGUGAAGUUGCAUGUUUCCGUUUCCUUCGCUGUUGGUUGCAAUCGUGAUGCUUCUUUCCUAGAUGGGCACGAACAUUUCCGCGAACUCAGUAACAUCCGACGCGGGGGGUAUAUCGCUGCUACCGUCGGUCUGGUCAUGUGUCCAUGGAACCUUCUGAAGACUAGCAAUGAGUUUACCUCUUAUCUAUCUGCAUAUUCAGUGUUCCUGAGCUCCAUUGCUGGUGUGAUGGUGACGGAAUACUAUGUUGUCCGCAAGGGUCAUUAUAACGUAAAGGACCUUUAUAACACCAGGAAGGACAGCUGGGCAUACACCGCGUAUAUUGCCGGAAUUCUGAUCAACGCUGUCGGUUUCGCUGGAGCCACCGGGCGGGAAGUCCCCUUGGUGGCCACCCGGAUAUACGAGUUGUCAUUCGUUACGGGCUUUGGAGUUUCUGCAGUCGUCUAUUGGGCGCUAAAUCGUGUUUUCCCAGUGGUCGGCGCUGCUGACACGUUCGAGGAGAUUGACGUGUCUCAGUAUGAACUUAAGGCAAAUGGGUCGCAGGAUAUUGAGGAAAUGGACAUAGAUACGAAGGACGCGGGAUCAGAGACCGCGAGCGAAUGAUAAGGAGGCAACUCAAAAGGAAACUUGAUGAAGUUCACCCUUUCGUUGAGACAGAAUGUCGUCCGGAGGCACUCAAUCACCAAUAUGCCGACUCGCGUAGGCCUAUGGGAGUUUUCUGUGUCGAUAGUAGUAUUUCAGGGUCAACAAUUGUUAGAGAUAUGCAUAACAAGUCCCGUCUGUAUUAUACUAACGAGCAUCCGUGGUGUCUGGCGGUGUUGACUUCCACUCCCGACUCAAACUGAACACAAAACCCUCGCUCAUCGUUGUCCGCAAAUUCGCCUAGUAAGCUCUUAGCUCCUGCCUGACACAAGUGAUGUCGUCGUGCACCAAGCACUCUAUUCGUCAAGUCCCUC